CGCUUUCUAUGCGGGAAUCGCGAAUAGUAAAUACUCAGAAAAUCUGCCGACGCUCAGCGGACGAUCACUCGAUUAUCCUUCCCCUUCCAGCACCAUGUCGGCCAUGAACCUCAGCCGCGAGCAGCAGAACGAACUCCUCUUCGUAGGGUUCAACCAGGACAGUGGCUGCUUUGCCUGCGGAACCGAUUCGGGCUUUAAGAUCUUCAACUGCGACCCGUUCAAGGAGACGUUCCACCGAGGUGCGCAUCCUCAUACGACUAAAUAAUUGAUCUCUGUAGUCUCAGUCCUAUAUUCCUAUGCAGACUUCUCGAAUGGCGGCAUCGGCAUCGUGGAGAUGCUCUUUCGCUGCAACAUUCUGGCCAUCGUGGGCGGCGGACGCAAUCCAAGAUACCCUCCUAACAAGGUUAUGAUCUGGGACGACCACCAGAGCCGCAACAUCGGAGAACUCAGCUUCCGCAGCGAAGUGAAGGCUGUCAAGCUGCGUCGCGACCGUGUGGUGGUGGUGCUGCAAAACAAGAUCUACGUCUACAACUUCUCGGAUCUGAAACUGGUGGAUCACAUCGAGACCAUCGCAAACCCCAAAGGUCUGUGCGCGCUGUGCCCCAAUCCGUCUAACACGGUCUUGGCCUGCCCUGGCGUGACGCGCGGUACUGUCCGCAUUGAGUUGUACGACCUGCGGAAAACUACGCUCAUCACUGCUCACGAAGCCGAGCUGUCACAGAUAUGCUUAAACCUUGACGGCACGCGUCUGGCGACGGCAUCAGACAAGGGAACGCUCAUCCGUAUCUUUGAUACCCAGAGCGGUCAGAUCACCCAGGAGUUGCGUCGUGGAGCGGAUCGUGCAGAGAUCUACAGCAUUUGCUUCAGCCCGACUGCACCUUUGCUUGCGUGUUCGAGUGACAAGGGUACAGUGCACGUAUUCUCGCUGACGGCUGAGGGUUCUGGUCAGAGUUUCUCCUCUGACCCGACCACGAUGGGAAAUGUUCCUUCGCAAAGUAUUCCGACGCACUACUCGGCUGGAACUGCUCCGCGUAGCGGAGAGGAAGACGGCACUGAGAACUCCAAGUCCAGGUACAACUGCUAUUGCGAACUAAUCUUGAAAUUUUGGUGGGGUUCUAAGCAAUUUUUUUCUUUCUACGUGACAUUUUGCCUACAGUUUGUCGUUCAUGCGGGGACUACUUCCUAAGUAUUUCAGCUCAGAGUGGAGUUUCGCACAGUUCCGCGUACCGGAGACCCGAACGAUCUGUGCAUUUGGUACGGAGAAGAACACCAUUGUCGUUGUGGGAGCGGAUGGGUCAUUCUACAAGGCAGUCUUCGAUGCCAACGGCGAAUGCCAGAACACGUCUUACUCCAAGUUCAUUCAGUCCGAUGAGGAUGAAUAGACUCGUCAAUGCUGACGUUACUAUGCUCUCCAAACCAGUCGUCAUGAAGACUGCUUCCAUUUCUUGCGCAAAGGAGUUGCACGGAGGCUACGUAAUCAACAGCGUACGCGUUGUUGACUUAUGCUUGUAUCAUCUUUUAUUGCGAUUGCAUUCCGUUGGCAGAUUGAUUACACUUUUCAGGUUAUCAAAUUUCAGUUCGGGUUUCAAAUUCGCCACAUUUUGAUUCUUUUCGCAACUCGAAUGUAUACCCGAACAAAUGAUCUAGUCGCCGUGGAUUGUGUACUUUUCUCGAACAACGUUAGGGUCAUACUGUAGACACGAACCGAUUGUCAGUUCUCAGGGUAAUCACAAAGACUUCAGGCACUACAUGUAGUACACCUAC